AUGGAGGGUUCCUUGGUUGGGUCUAUGUGGGAAGCCACAACAAGGGAGAAGAAAUGCAAGGCCAAAUACGACCCAAAGCCGAUGCUUGGCGGUGCCUGUGGCGAAGCAGGGGGCAACGGCCGCAACAGGCACGCCUUGGGAGUCGGUGGUGACGUCGGCGGCAACAGUGAAUUGGGUGAUGCCCCGAUUUCAGUUGGCAACGGGGAGGGGCCCUACGAGCGACGAAGCCUGAGAAGUCUAGCUAGACGAGGGUGCCCAUCUUUGCGAGAGCCGCUAGGUGGUGCCAACUUUCGCAACGAAUUGGGCAACGCUAGUCUUCAUGACAAAUCAUCAGGCGGUGCCCGAAGACUCGGUGAGCAGUUGAGCGGUGCCAGGCGACUCCUUGGGAUGCUAGGCAAUGGUGCUCUAGAUGCUAGCAACGUUGAUGGGGAGCCACGUGGUGAAGGUGACAUCCUGGGCUUUACCAAGUGGGGAGAGCGUGAUGUCUUUUCACUAGGUAAGGUGACUCUGCUCGCCCUUUGA